GUGCAGAGACCAGGUGAAAGUGGUGAGAACUUUCUGCAGCCAGCGCUAUGGAUUUUACGAGAAUGACAGACAGGCGUUUAUGAUAGAGAAAAAAAGAAAAGAAAAUCUCGACAUUUUUGUGCAGCGGUGGAAGAAAGAGAGUAAAGGGCAACUAUCGACAAGGGAUGUUCCCCUCCUCUUCUGUCAUGUCUGUUUCUGUGAGGAACCCGCCUCAGCGCCGGCGCUCCCUGGGCCCUGUCUCCCCAAAGCGUAUCUACAGGAACCUGUCUGUCAGGCUGAGGGGAGGAGAACCAUCUGUGGCCUCAGUGGUGGACACAACCAAAAAACCCACCAAGUCUCCAGAGAGUUACAAGACCCUGUGGGAGGCGGUGGAAAAUGAGGACACUUUGGCUGUACAGAGCCUUUUGUCCAGAGACCACACUAGCUCCGGAGGAGGAGGAGGAAGCAUCUGGGAGCGAGGAGAGAAGAGAGAGAAAGAUUGGGAGAGAGAUAAGGAGAAGGGGGUGAACAGAGUGAGUGAACAGGGUCUGGUUCCCCUGGACGUGGCUGCCCUCACACACAACUCGCCUCUGCUUCAUGUGCUGACAAAGGCGGGAGCCAGACAUAACCCUGUCUUGUCCCGGCCAGUUGAGUGGUCAGCCAAGCUGGAUGCUCUCGUGACACUGGCAAGUAAACGAGUUGAGGAGAGAAAGUCCGAGUUGGCGAGAAAAGCUGUGGUCGGGCCCCAGGCACAGGCCGACGCUCAGAGACAGAUUUGUCUCUGGAGACUGAGGCUGCAGCUGUACUGCCGGAUGAGAGAAAACUUCCAGAGCACAGAGCUCCCUGGACCUCCCAGUCACGUGUCCAUUUUGAUAACCAGCAUAUCUUCUCUGUGUGUGGUGAUCAAAGAGCCAGAGGGGGUCACCAUGGGGCUCAUCACCCGCUACAGAGUGGAGUGGAGCACCUCGGCCAGCUUCAAACGCGUUCUCGGUACAGCCCAAGUUACAGAGACCAAGAAUCCCUCCUAUAUAAUCAAGGGAUUGACUGCGGGAGUGCAUUACUUUGUAAGAGUGAGUGCCUACAACGUGAAAGGAUGGGGACUGCCUCAGUGUUCUACUCCAGUCAGCGCGGCUCCCUCUAGUUGGAGAGAAUGUGUUGGUGUAAAGUCACAGUUCAGGAACCAUGAGGGCCUGGUGAGGAAACUGCUGGAAGAUGCCAAACAGUCAGAAUACAGAGGCUAUUGCAUAGAGGACUCGAAACCCCUGAGUCCCAGCAAGCGCCUGUCAGUGUCUCGGGGCAUCAAACAACUUUUCCAGUCUGCCACCAAGUUUGUUCGUCUUCUACAAAGGGGUGUGUACUUGGCCACUGUAUUCUACCACAAGGACAACAUCCUGGUGACAGCUGAAGAUCAGAUCCCACUCGUGGAGAUCCAGUGCUGCUCCACCUCGAUCACUAAUGACUUCCUUUGGUUUGCCAAAUUGUCCUGUGCAUGGCAGCAAGUACCUUGGCUCCAGCAAGGCCUCUCUGCUGCUCACUCGUCUCCCUCCUCCCUCCUUCAAAACCGGCACAACAUUUUAAGAGCUGUCUCCCAGCUGCAGUCUUCUCUAGGAAUGAUGGACCUGGGUCAGGUGUACUACGAACCCCUCAAGGACCGGCAGGGAAACGUGCUGCUCGUGACCCUGAAGGAAUUCCCAAACCCUUCAAACCCUCCUGAGCCGCCUUUCCACUGGAUACCUCUGGCCCGCCUGGACAAGAACCGCAGCAGAACUCCUCUGCUGCCUGAGCCCACCGCCAUGGACAUGCUCUACGAACAGCUGAAGGAGAAGCUGUCCUUCCACAGACACAGCAUACAGUGGACCCAGCCGGGUCUGUACGUGGGAAUCCUGAAGCUGUGCAGCUCGGUGGAACAGAUCCGGGUACUGGUGCCUCAGAGGCUACCUAACCUACUCUGCCAUACACGGGUCCGACACAACGCUCAUGUGUCCAGAGAGGAGUGGGCGUGGCUCCAGAGUCACGUUUACGCUGCACAGAACGGCAGUGUCCAGAACUUGUUGAACAGUGAGGACGAGAGCUCAGUGGAGAGCAGCAGUCUGGCGGAAUUUGUUAGGUCCCUGAGAGCAGCAGUCACGCACCUCCUGACAAAGCUCAACAUCCCCCUCUACAGGGCAUAUCAGUAUGGGGUGUACACCCGGGAGCUGCUGCAGUUUGGUGAAAAGCUGUCCAUGCUGCUUCUCCUACCUCCAAGUGAAGACUUCAGCUCCAGUUACUGGCCUCUGGUAGGAACCAAGGAGCCCGGCCUCACCAUGCCCCUGCAGAUCUUUGAACUGGUUCACUUCUGGACAUAUGAGCGGGAUUUCCUCUGUCAGUACUGCCAGGCCUGGGUAAGGCUGGAACUGGACACUCAUCUGGCCCAGCAAGCGCUGCGUGAGGCUCUGGACACCAAGGAGGUGCAGGAGGCCAGAGAACGGCUGAACAACAUCACUGAGCUUUCUAGUCGCCUGGAUAUGGUUUGGAGGGACGCCCGCUGGAUUAUGGACUGUCUGCAGUGUGUCCGGUCCAAACAGUGGGUGGGGGCGGUGCCUCUGGGCCUGGUGAUGGGAGGGGACCCCCCACCGUGUCCUGAUGGUGAAGAAGAGGAGGAAUGUUUGACUGCCAGGCUAACGUGGCCACAUCGGAUGCAAACACGAAGAGUCAUCAAAGAAAAUUCCAUGAGGGCGCUUUCACCAGACGCUGCCAAGUUCUCUGCAUCAGAGGGAAGUACAGCUGGUCCUGAGGGGGCCGCUAUGGUGUUAAUGGAGGGUGUUGUGAAGGGAGGGUACCCCGUGGAUAUGAGCUCUCAGUCAACAACCGACCUCACGAGCCUCGGCCAGUCAGAGAGUGGAUGCACAGGCACUUUAAUGGACUUUGGGCUGGAGCCAGCUGCUGCUGCCGCCGCACAGCUGGAAGCAGGAUAUGCAGUUCUGGACACACAGGUGUCCUACGACAGCGAACUGGACUUUCCUUCCAGCAUCACUGAGGUCAUCCGGCCCAUGGAGAUGGCAGAGUUGGUGGACAUCCUGCCCACCCUGAGUCUUAUUGAGGAAGAGAUCCCCGCUGGGCCGUCAUCGCCAACUGUAAUGGACAUGCUGGAGAGCUUUGGACUGGGGAUCGGUGAGAGCAACACCGUGUUUGACUUUGGGAGUUCCAACUUGAUGAGUGGGGAGGAAGGCUCGUCGCAGCUCAGCCUGGAAUAUAACAACAGCAGCUGCAGUCUUAGCAAGACAUGCUGUGAGAACAUGGUUUUAGAGGAAGAAGAGGCCGCCUCUUUUAGCACAGCGAAUGAUGCAAGCGAUGAUGUACCCAUUUCGGGCCGGGAGGUUCCCCCAGGGGAUUCAAUGACACAGCAGGCUCCUGGAAAGGGAGCAUGGUUUCGAGUGAGAGGCCAGGUGGAGUGGGACAGAUCCUCUAACAGUUCAUCCUGAUAUCAGCUUGAAUCACUGCUGACUAAGGCCGUAGCACACUCACUUCAGCAAUGGAAAGUCAAUCUGAAAUUGACACAGACAUGUUUUCCUUUAGCCACUCAGUUAACAGGAACCAUUGCAGAAACUGGGGAACACUCAAUAAGUAGAUACUCCUUCCUUGAAGACAUCAGCAAUAUCAAUUUUUCAAAGAGUACCACAAAUGAAAACCAAACUACUGCACUGGAUGUGUGAGUUUUUUUUGCACACAUCUGGGUCUUUUGCCAAAUCUGAAGUGAACUCAACCUUGUCGAGUGAGAAUAAGCUAUAGAUGUUGGCAAUCCACUGCUCACUACAACACAAAGCUACAGUGGAGAUUAUAAUAUAAACGAACUUCAUACAACUGAGUAAAAUGGAGAUAUUUCAAUUGAAGCCUAUGAACGGCUUAAUGGCAUAUUUUCAUGUGCAGCUGAAAUGACACAUGCACAACCUUUUUACUUUUGAUAAUAUAGUGGUAUUAUAUGGAAUUUUACAUUCUCAGUAUAACAUUUAUACACAAACCUUUACAUACAUAAAGUGACGGCUAACCAGUUAACAGGUGCAUGACCUAUCUCUUGUUCUUUUAGAGAACAACUCGCAGUAACUUUCUAUUUUAAUUGAAAGAAUAAUCGACCAAGCUCCAAAGCUUUGUAAUCCUCAAGUGACCAUUUGCUGAUUUUGCUACAUAACUAUUACCAAAAGAUUUGAUAGGCUGGAACGAGUGUGUGUGGCCAUGUGCAAUUCAUCUUAAAAUCUUUGUUUCAACAUGUGGACAGAUAGAGUUUAUUUGUGAAUCGCCUUGAUGGGUUUUAAUCUAGAAUGGUGUGUUCUGAAGCAUGUAAUGGUCCUUUUAUUCAAACUUUGUUGAAAUUGAUUGCAACAUUCAAUUCAGUUUGGGGCUGAAAUGUCUUAAAUACUGGUAUAUUGGUGCAAUUUGUGUCUGUGUGUGUGUUUUUGUGUGUGUUUACAGAUGUUUAACACAUAGAUAAAAAUGCAAAGAACGAAAGAUAGAAGUUAAGCCAAAGUCUAACAAUAAAAUCUAUCUGUACAGAAACACUCACAGUAUGUAGUUUGCUUACGUGAUAGUUUUUCCAUUUAUUACACAAAUGGUGGCAAUAUGAGUUAAACAAAUGCACAAAAAGAUAAGCAUCGAAUUUAUGUGGUGUGGGAUGUUACUCGAAAAAGAAGCAGUGCAAACAAGUACAUGAUCACACUGUCGUAUACAGAGUUACCUUUUGUUUUUACAAUGGCACCCUUUGAAAGAAAGUUGUUUUUUUUUAAUCGUAUGUAAUGAACCAACAUAAAAAUGAAAUAGGGUAUUGGUGAGGAUAAAAAAAAAAGAUUGCUGAGCAUGCAUCUUUAUUUACAACGAUAGCACGCAAGAGAAGUCGGACCCCAUUAACCUUUGCACAUCAUUGAUACGGUCUGACAGUGAAGUAUUGGCUUUCUCUAUAUGUUGCCAGAUAGAAGACUCUCUAUGAUGUUGCCUCCCUAGAUAGAUAGCUUUAGCAUAUUGUAAAGGUUACACAUAGCAGCACUCUAAUGUAGCAAGACGACUUAACUAAGUGGUUGAAAAGACAAAAGGGGCUGUGUUGAAAGGUUCUUUUCUACACUUUUCUUGCCCUCAACAAAGUAACGCAUUCCUAUCAUUCUUGACAGUCUGGUUACAUUUCAGGGACAAGUGCCAGACACAGGAACAGAAAAGUGGAGGAAAGAUUCAGAUGGAUUGGGAAAUUAGUUGAUUACGGAAUUGUUUGGCAAAAAUUUGCAUAUGGCCUCCUUUUUUUCUUUGUGCCUGGAGCAAAUGUAUGCAAGCUAUAGGAGUGUGACUGAUGUCAUUAAUUCUUCUUUACUGUUGGUCGGGACAACAUGAGGCAUUUUGUUCAGAGAUAUCUCGUGGAUGCCAAGAAAUGACUCACAGCUCUGCCUACCCAUCUGAGAAGGCACACUAGAGAAUCUGAAACCAAGAGGAAAAAGAAUCUAAUGAUCUCCACUGAGCCAUUCGGAUUGUCAGUCAAAAAAGGUACCUACUGAGCUGUUCAGGCCCUGGGCCCAUGACCCCAAGCAUGAGAAUAUAUAUAUCCAUAGAAGAAUGUUUAACAUGUGCCGAAGGUUAGAAAAUAAUCUGCAUGAAACUUUGAAUAAACUUCUUCUUUGAGCAUUGAUUUCGCACGUUAUAAAAUUAUUUUUCAUUUGCCUGGUUUUGUACAUUUAAGUUGCUUCAGCAAACCAUCUGAACACUCAAUGAGUUAGUUUAAUACGUGUGGGUGUUUUGUCUUUUUCACUGCAUUUGUUAGCAUUUGUAAAGCUUUGGCUCUGGUUGUAGUCCGUCAAAAAUGCACACUUUCCAAAACAGGGCUACGGUAUGAGUACAUUUCUAUACUCUGAGUUAUAUCUGGACAAAUGUACCCCAGUGGGUCUCACAAUUCAACCUGAAGGCCCUUAUUUGUACCUUUUAUGGGGCCUGACACGUAAAUAAAUGUUCCCAAGCAAUAAUUGGUAAUUAUAUGUAGUAUUGUAGAUGGUUUUAGGGUACAUUUCCAGAAGAUGGACAACGGGAAAAAAGUUAUGUAGUUAUGUCUCCUCUCUCAACAUAUAUGUCCUAUAUGGUUAAUAACUGAACCAACUAAACUGAAGUCAAAUAUUUGUACUUUGAAAGGUACAUAUGUUCUCAAAUAUCAAAUGGAAUCAAAGGUACAACAUCUGGACCUUUAAGGGUACCACCACAGAGACCAGUCUUUGGACCCCUAAAGGUACAGUUUGGUGUUUUUUCUGGGAGUGCACAGUUGAUAAAAAGGAAUAUAAAUGAAUAUAAAUGUCUGCAAAACAUUUAGGACAGUUAUUUUUAUUUAUUUCUACUGCCCUCCAGUGGUCAAUAUUUAGAGGUACAAAACUGCAUCCCUCCCUUUUUAAUCAUCUUAUUAUAGUAGUCUUAAUUAGAAAUUGCAGGGACUUUUUGAAAAUAUAUUACGUUGCGAUGAAAGCAUUUUUUAAAAAUGUAAUCCUUAAUAAUUUAUCUAAUUCUCUGUUAAACAACUUUUGCUUCCCUUUAAUUCGGGGGUUCACAAUAUGCGUCACAAAGUCUGCAGCUGCGCGCCGAUGUGCUGCGCGAUUUAGAGGAUAUUAAAUCAUCCGGUCAGAACUGCUGGACAAAAAAAAGGUAACAUUCAGCCUGAACGUGUAGAAGCUGCAUCCCAACAUUUUGAACCUUUAUUAUAAAGAAAAUUGUUCGUGGGGAUGUCGUCUGAAAGUGCUGCGUCACAUGACGCCAGAGAUGGAUCACCUCACACAUCAGAUUCUGAACCUCUGAUGAUGGCUCUGCUGGGCAGGACUGGAGCAGGAAGAAGCUCUUCGGGGAACACCAUACUGGGCAGGGCCGCCUUCUGGGUGGACGUGUCCCCCUCCUCCGUCACGGCGCGGUGCCAGAGGCAGACCGGGACGGUGGGGGGGCGCCGCGUGUCUGUCGUCGACACGCCGGGCUUUUUCCACACACGCCUCCCCCAUCAGGAGGUUCUGGCCGAGGUUGGGCGGUGUGUUACGUUGUACCCUCCGGGACCCCACGUCUUCUUGGUGAACCUGCCGAUCGGGAGGUUUACCCAGGAGGAGAGAGAAACCCUGGAGUGGAUCAAGGCCGUGUUUGGGCCCGAGGUCUCCAGGUUUACAAUGGUGCUGUUCACCCGGGGGGACCGGCUAAAGGGGAAAUGUGUUCAGGACUUCAUGGAAGAGAGUCCUGAGCUGUCAGAGUUUGUCAACAGCUGCCAUGGCGGGUUCCACGUCUUUGAAAAUGGCGGUCAGGAGGAAGCAGAAGGCUGUUCCGAACAAGUCCGGCAACUGCUCGUCAAAAUGGACAUGAUGGUGAAGAAGAACAAAGGAGCCGGCUACAGCAAAGAAAUGUUCAUGGACGCCCAGCGCACCAUAAGGGAGGCACAGCAGAGGAUUUGGGGGGAAAGAGGACUCAAAGCGGAGCCCCUUCAGAAGGACACUGAUGAUGAGAGCCAGAAGGGGGCCGACUUGGACAAAAUGAGGACGAAAGAUGAAGAAGAGGAGGCGAGGAAGAGGGCCGAGAGGCUUUUCUGGUGCGAGCUGGUGACUGCGCUGGGGAGAGGGGCCGCAGAGGGGGCCGGGAUCAUGGCUAAAGACGGGGGGAAAGGGAAAGCUGUGAAGAAGGUGAAGGUGGUGGAGAAGGCCGCGGCCCUGGCAGCGUCCCCGCUCUGCAUCAGAUCAGCGGCAAAAGUGGUGGGAGGGGCGGUGAGAGAAGGAAGUAAGGUGCUAUCCAAACACAAAAAAACCCUACUGCGCUGAGGACGGUUUGACUGGGACGAGACGUCCUCAAGGAAAACUCCCUGCCUUUCGUCUUCCCCCUUUUUUCCCCACGCCGUCCCCAAAUCACAUAAAUCAAGAUGCUAUAAAGUCUCCAUACAUCAGCACAGGCACUUUAAGACCACACACUGAUUAUAAUCUUUUUUUUAAAGCAUUUGGGCGAGUGUAGGCUUCACACAAAGGUAAACAUCCUUCUUUUUCAGACCUUAAGAACAGCAAACAAGGAGCAGAGCCACACCUUUCACUUUAGAUUCCUCCUGGAAACAAUAAAGACAACGUAAGAGAAAUGUCCUGUGAUCUCUGUAUUUCAGUAAAAGUGGGGUUAGUUAUCAUCAUGCUCAGGAAGUAUUUUUAUCUGUUUUUCCCCAUUUUUUUCUAAAAACAGCUCUACAAAGGCUACAAUCAGCUUAACUCCCACAACUCCUGCAACGUUUUAAACUAUUGUUUAAAACACUAGAAAAAGGCUACCUGCUUCAGUUUUGGUUUCAUAUAUAACAAGACAAGAUAUUUAUCCCUUUUUCCUUUAGAAUUAUAUUGAAAUUCGAGAGACAAAACAUAAGAAGUACAAAAGAAAAAAAAAAGAACAAACUUGGCAAUAAGGAAAGGAGCUGCAUAUAAUACAGUCUGAGUGUCUAGAGUGAGAGGAAGACACUGGAUUUACAAAUACAUCAUAUAUUAAAACUAAUAGGGCUUUUGCAUUAGUACAUACUCAGCUCUCCAUUACAAAUGAGCUCCUAAGAAAAAAAGCGGGCCGACCAGUCUGUCACAUCAUUUAUAUGCGAAUGAAUGGCAUCACGGCGAUGAUGUGCUGAGUAGGUACUAGAGAAAAAAAACCUUAAGUUUGGUUUUCUGGGCCCUUUAACAGGAGAACACUCACAACUGUAACAUCGGAAAAUGGCUUUUUUUUUUUUUUUUUUGUGUGGACAAUGCAACUGCAUAUAAACCACCUGAGUUCUGAGAGCAAAUUCUGAAGCCUAGGUCAGGUGCUUUUUUUGUGGGUUCAACUUUCAAAGAGUACCACAAACAAGUUUAUGUCACUUUAACUGUCUCUGGAAGGAGUGAUAAGCAGUGUCUGAUGGGGAAAAAAAAAAAAAGAACAGUUUCCAUGCCAUUACUUUGCGCACUUCAGCGACACACAUCCAGUGUCACACUUGUACUUUACAGACAGGAGGGGAAAAAAACUAAACAACAAUAUCAACAAAAAGACAGACACAAAACCAUGCACAGCAUUUACUGUUUGCACGGUUAGAAUCAAACACCUUUAAAGUUGCAAUCCAUCAUAAAACCUAUUCAUUUUGGUCUACAGAGGGAUGUCAGACCGUUAGUCCCACUGUUAACUGUGAGUACAGUUGAAGGCCCAAGCAUGUGCUCAUACGCAGAUCAUUGGCAGGCACUGGUGGGUGACUACAGCACAGGCGUCCUUCUUAAACUGGCAUGGGAAGGCUCAU